AAACUAAUUCAUUUCGGAGAAUGAAUAAUUUAAUUCCUGAAAUUCUUAAAGUUAUAUUUAAAUAUUUAUAUGAUCCAAAUGCAGAUAGUUGUUACAUCGCAGAUCGAAAUCAUCUUUAUUCAUGUUUAUUAGUAAAUAGAUAUUGGUGUAAAGUAUCUGUUCCCAUUCUUUGGAGUAGAGCACUAAAUUAUUAUGGAAGUAUACAUGAAAGACAGACUAAAAUUUUAUCCCUUCUUAAAUGUCUUGAUCAAAAAUCUCGAAAUAAUUUAAUUAAUAAUGGUAUAACAUUUCCUUUCUCUUUUGAUGAAGUAACAAUCUUUCAAUAUACAUCUUAUAUUGAGGUUUUGGAUUAUGGUAAAUUAAUUAAUUUGGUUGAAGAUUGGUUAAAUACUUUACAAAAAUUACCUGCUGAAAGUUUAAGUUUAGUCCUAAGAUCUAUAUUGAAAUUAUUGGUUAAAGAAACUAAAAUAAAAAGUUUUAAAACCUGGCCUGUGAAAUAUUCUACAGAUUUAACUCAUUUAAUAUUGGUUGAGAAAGAUAUUG